CAUCGCUGGCUAUUUCAUCGCAGAAGUUGAGAUGAGGAUGGGGUCAGCUGCCAGAAUUCGCGCAGAUUUGGGAACAGAAAAUGUCACAAUGGCAGAGAUGCAGAGGUUCCUACGAUGGAGUGCGGAUCGCCACGCCGAUAACUGUUAUAUUUCUGGGUCCAGUAAUCACAAUCAGCGGAUCGAAAGCUGGUGGGCCUUCUUGAGAACCCAUCAAGCCCAAUACUGGAUGAAUCGUUUCCAGGAACUGAAAGACUAUGACUGUUUCUCUGGAGACUUCUUGGACAAACAGCUUAUAUUGUUUACUUGUCUGAACAUCAUUGAGGAAGAGCUGCAGCGAGUUGUGCAUUUGUGGAAUACCCACAUUAUCCGCAACAGCAGAAAUGCAGUAGCUCCAAGUGGACGUCCAGUUCUUAUGUACACCAUCCCUCGUCUGUUUGGAGGACAAGAUCACCUGAAAGAGGUCUCUCAGGAAGCAGUGGAUGCUUGUAAAGAAGAAUGCCAACAGAGAGGACCUUAUCCUUGUGAUGAAACAGUUUUCAGCUUGUGUAGCCUUAUAAUGGCAGAAAACAUCUUACUCUCACCCACAACAGCAGAUGAAGCCAUAGAGCUGUAUCUCUUCCUGAGAACAUACAUACAUAAAGACUUAAACAUUACCUCAGGAGCUCUGGAGCCUUAAAGCUCUUGCUUAUAUUUCUCUAACAACUAGAUUUGUAUCCCUUUUCGUUUUCAUAAUAGAAAACAGCCUUUUUCACUGCUGAUACCAAAGACAUUGUGUUUCCAAUGAGGACUGGUUUUAAAUGCUAUUGUUUGAAAUUUGGAUUACAAUAUUCAGUGAAACUAUUUACAGCCACACUAGUGACAGGUUUCUGUGAACUGCUAGUAUUUUCAUUUAUAAAGAACAAAAUAGAGAGGUAUUUGCUGAAAUUAACUAUGGGUUAACAAUGCUUAUGAUGAUAUGUUAAUGGUUAUACCAAGUUAUACUUCACAAUUUAUUCUUAAAUCUGUUCACUGCUCACUUUGCUCCAUACUCACCUGUUUCCUACAGGCCCAAAUAUGGAUGUGUGUAACAGUAUCACAAAGUUCUGCUGGGGUAUAGAGUCUCGAUUCUGACUUGCAGCUGGGACCUUUGUCUGCCUAUUUAAUGACUGUUCAGAUCUCUGUUGAUUACUUCAAUAUAUUCUUUAAUAAAUGAACAUAUAAUUGG